CCUGUCCAGCUGGCCAGCCUGUCUGUCUGCCUGCUCUUUUGUCCAACUUGCCUUCUUCUCCCUCUUUCUUCAUCCACUACACUCAUCAGCUCACUUUGCUAUUUACUGGGAAAAAAAGAUGGCCGCAGCAACCAACCUCAUCCCCUCCAGCCAGCCGAAUGAGGGAUCAACUGAAGAACAACUGCACCAUCUGCAGCUCGACAACAGCACCAGCUACAAAAGGAAGGACAGCGACACGCAUAAAAUACCCCUGUCUACGAACGAGCAAGCAGAGCUCGAGUCGGCUGCAACGGUGAUUCAGUCUAUUUACCGAGGAAACCAAGCUCGUCGAGAGUUGUACGGACCUGCAUUGACUGCCUCUCAGAAAUGGAGACACUUAAUUGACUACAGUCGCAUUGAAUAUAUCCAUAAGAUGGACGCUAAAGACAAGGAUCAUCAUCAGGCGGCAUCACCCGCGACCCCCGAGGAUCCGAAUCAGGCGCUGCCAGCAUCUCCACAGACGCCCAAUGAAAGCAAAACACGCUGGGCCUGGAGGCGUGCAGAGUUCCUUGGAUCAAGACUCGGCAAGGUAAUUCGCCAUGUCUUUCCUUUUCUUUUUUUACUCCUUCAUGAUUCAUUCUCUCUGCAUCCUCCUAUUUUGCUUCUCUUCUCUCUCUUCUUCCAUUUCAUUUGAUUCAACUGUAUCAUGCUGCACAACAAUGACCUAUAUACCACACCAUCGACCGCACCAUCGACAAUGAUGGCGCCAACAACUCCAUCGAGAAGCCCUUCUAUUGCCAGUGCAUCAUCUGAUAUGAGCGAUGUAUGCAGCGAAGCAGCAGCACUUUAUACUUUCUUUUCGUACCGUUCUCAUCCUCAAUCCUCUACCUAACACCAUUGAUCAUUCAUACAUCUCAAUCCUUCGUAUUUCCUUUUCGCUCAC